AUUUAUCAUAUGUUUCGCACAUUUCAAUCAUUUCGUGUUAUUAUUGUUUUGAAAGCAAUUGUUUGCCACAAAUUGAUGACAAUUGGUAUAUGAAUUGUCGCCAACACUUCCAACACUCGAUUGUUGCCAAAAGCGAUGCUAAGAAAGUGUGUCCACGCGUUUCAAUGGAGACAUUUAACUACAAGUCAGCGAUUGUUGAGUUCGCAGAUCAUAGCGAAGACGAGCGACCAAUUGGUGCCGAAGAGUGAGGUGUCUUCGCUCGGCGGCAGUGAAACGAGUGAUGAAAACAAAGGUUUGGCGGAAUACGAGAGACAAGAGUUGGCGAAAGUCAUCAAAAGUCCGGUUCAGUUGGACUCGUAUUGGGAGACGAAGAUCGAGGAGAAACUGCCGAAGAGAGUCAGCUAUUUUGACAGAAGUGGCGGACUAUCCGUAGAUCUGUUGAAUUUUAUGCACUAUAAGUAUGACAUCAGUCUUCAGGGACUCAAACGGCGACUUCGCUUUUGGAUUCAAGUGAGAGAACAGUAUAACCAACGAUAUAUCGCGCGAAGACAUGCCAUACUCGGUCCAGAGUUGGCGACCGCGCACUUCGUUGUCUAUAGAGGAGGAAGAGCUAAAUUCACACACACGCCUAACACGUGGAUCACUAAAUGUGAACAAAUGCCUAACGUAUAUGACUCGAGGUUUCGGUUGAUAGAGUUGGACGCUUCCAAUGUAAAACUGCGUUACGAAUCGUUUGACAAUUUCUCGCUUUUAAAUUCAUUACAAGAACUAAAUCUAUCGAAGAAUAAAUUGUUGGACGACUUUAUGUGCGACAAAUUGGCCCGACUUUUCCGAAACUCAAAUACACUAACGGUUUUGGACUUAUCGGACAAUCCGUUGAUAUCUCAUCGCGGAAUCGAGACAUUACACCGAAUCAAGUCAUUGCGGAAACUCGUUAUAACGGGCACUAAAGCAGCCAAAUAUCCAUUCAUUGAUUUACUGAUCAUUUUAUUCACAGACGUUAACCCUAACUGUGAAAUCGUUAUUUAAUUAUAAAGUUUAGGUGAAAAUAAAAUUUAAAAUAAAAUCAUUAAUUCAA